AUGUCCCUUACAGGCGCCGCGAAACCUUCCUCCUAUGGGUCCAUUGUGAAGGAUGAUUUAUCCAUCAUCAACGACAAUGAAGCUGUGCCAGACUACGAUGACUUCUCGGACGGAGGGUCAGCCGCCUGGCUUACCGUCUUUGGGGCCUUCCUCGCACUUUUUUGCUCGUUCGGCCAGAUGAAUGCAUUCGGCACAUUCCAAACGUGGUAUACGACACACCAGCUGCACGACCUGCAUCCCUCGACGAUAGCAUGGAUCGGCUCCGUGCAGCUAUGGGUGUUUUUCUUCUCCGGGGGUUUCAUCGGCCGCGUGUUUGACAUGUACGGACCUCGCAUGAUAAUGGCGCUGGGCACUGCCAUCUAUGUGUCGAGCAUGAUGCUCACGAGCGUCGCGCGGGAUUACACCCACUACCUGGCCGCGCAGGGUAUAUUAUCGGGCCUGGGAGUCGGAAUGCUGUUCUAUCCUCCGCUGGCGUCAAUAUCGACCCACUUCAGGAAGUAUCGCGCAACGGCGCUGGGCAUUGCGAUGGCGGGCUCCGGCAUAGGUGGGACGGUGUACCCCAUCCUUCUCCAGUACCUAUUUGUGAACGUCGGGUUUGCUUGGGGCGUCAGAGUGUCUGCGAUCAUCUGUUUCGUAAUGUGCACGACGGCGACUUUCACGGUGACUAGUGGAGUCACUCCGCAGGCACCUGCGAAGGAGAACAUGUCAUGGCUUGAUCUGCGCGCCCUGAAGGAUCCUAAAUUUGCGCUGCUUGUGGUAGGAAGCUGUUUCAUGUCCCUCGGCCUCUUUACGCCGUUCUGCUACCUCGUCUCGUACGCCUCGGACCACGGCGUGCCCUCCGGAACGGCAUUCUACGUGCUCGCCGUGCUGAAUGCGGCGAGCGUCCUCGGACGGGUCGCUCCGGCGCACUUUGCUGACGCGUUCGGACGCUUCACGCUCCUCGUCCCGUGCGCGUUCCUCGCUGGGCUAUCCACCGUGUUACUCUGGCCCGCGGCGGACUCGCUCUUCGCCCUUGUCGCAUACGCAGCGUUUUACGGCGUCUUUUCCGGGGCGUUCAACGCAUUAAUCGUACCGUGCAUCGCCCAGAUUUCGGACAUCAGGGAGAUCGGGAUGCGCAUCGGGCUGCUGUACAGCAUCAUUUCGUUUCCAUCCCUUGUCGGUAAUCCAGCAGCUGGGGCAUUGCUUCACGUCGGACAUGGCUCAUACACUGGCCUAAUUCUUCUAAGUGGCACGAGCGUUAUGGUCGGCUCAGGGUUCAUGUUGUUGUCGAAAUUGAAGAUUAACUCGGACAUUUUUGCGCGGGUUUAG